AUGGCGAAAGGGUUCUUCAUCAGCAAGGCGGUCGGGUUAGUGGGCAUCGUCCUGGGCGCUGGGGCUGUGGCCACCAUCAUCGGCCUGUCCGUAGUCUACAGCCAGGAGAAGUCUAAGAAUGUCGAGGUGAGCCCCACCUCCACCACCUCCACCACAAAGGUACCUGCCACCACCCCAGCCCUCAAUGAACCAUGGCACCAGUACCGGCUGCCGGACUCCAUACUGCCGGACAGCUACGAGGUCGAACUGUGGCCACGGCUGACGAAGAACGCAGAAGGCCUGUACAUCUUCACCGGCGUCUCGAGUGUCACCUUCAGUUGUGUGAAGGAGACCAACCUCAUCCUCAUCCACUCCAACAAGCUCAACUACACGCUGAGUGGCGGUUUCAUGGCCACACUGACUGCGGUGGACGGGUCAACGCCCCCGGCCAUCACAGAGACCUGGCUGGAGGUGCGGACUCAGUACCUGGUGGUCAAGCUGAACGGGAAUCUGAAGGUCGGCCAGCGCUACGUGCUGCACACUGUAUUCACAGGGGAACUGGCAGAUGACCUGGGCGGAUUCUACAGGAGCGUUUACAUGGAGGACGGUGUGGAGAAGGUGGUGGCCACCACUCAGAUGCAGCCCACGGAUGCAAGGAAAGCCUUCCCCUGCUUUGAUGAGCCGGCCAUGAAGGCCAUCUUCAGCAUCACCCUCAUCCACCCACGGGGCACUGUGGGCUUGUCCAACGGCAUGGACAUUGAGACUGUGAAUGAGACUAUUAAUGGAAUGGAUGUUACCAGGACCAAAUUUGCCCCAACACCAAAAAUGUCAACUUACUUGCUGGCAUUCAUUGUCAGUGACUACGAUUUCAUAGAAGCGGCAGAAGGAGACGUUUUGAUCCGUAUCUUUGCUCGCAAAAAGGCCAUCGCAGCAGGACAGGGCAAGUAUGCCCUUAACGUGACUGGACCCAUCCUGAAAUUCUUUGAGGCAUACUACAAUGCCUCAUACCCACUGCCAAAGUCAGACCAGAUUGCCCUGCCCGACUUUAACGCUGGAGCCAUGGAGAACUGGGGCCUGAUCACCUACAGGGAGACAGCCCUGCUCUACGACCCCUUGGUGUCUUCCAACAGCAACAAGGAGAGGAUCGCCACAAUCAUAGCACACGAGCUCGCUCACAUGUGGUUUGGAAACCUUGUUACGCUGAAGUGGUGGAAUGACCUCUGGUUAAAUGAAGGCUUUGCAUCGUAUGUGGAGUAUCUGGGCGCUGACCAUGCAGAGCCAGAAUGGGGCGUUAAAGACCUGAUUGUCCUGGGAGACGUGCACAGAGUGUUUGCAGUGGACGCCCUGGCCUCCUCUCAUCCCUUGUCCUCCAAAGAGGAGGAGAUCCAAAGACCUGAACAGAUCAGUGAGCUCUUUGAUGCCAUCUCCUACAGCAAGGGGGCUUCUGUUCUAAGAAUGCUAUCCAACUUCCUCACAGAACCUGUCUUUGCAAAGGGACUGGGUACGUACCUGAACAAAUUUGCCUACGGUAAUACUGUCUACACUGACCUGUGGGACCACCUGCAAACCGCCGUUACCGAGACUGGAACGGUUUUGCCAUUCGGAGUCCAUGACAUCAUGAACCGCUGGGUCCUCCAGAUGGGCUUCCCUGUGGUCUCCAUAGAGACCGCCACUGGAACAGUAUCCCAGAAACACUUCCUGCUGGACCCUGACUCUGUUGUGGACAGGCCAUCUGAAUUCGAUUAUACAUGGUAUGUGCCCAUCACAUGGCAGAAUAACUCUGUGAUAGGUGCAAACUAUUGGCUGCUGAAAAAAUCAGAUAUUAAUACUGGCUUUAAGACAACCGGCGCCGAAUGGGUGCUAGCCAACCUCAAUGUGGUAGGAUACUACAGAGUCAAAUACGAUGAUGCAAAUUACCAGAAACUUCAGAAUCAACUCAAUUCUAAUCAUGAACUUAUUCCAGUGAUUAAUAGAGCUCAACUUAUCGAUGAUGCUUUUAAUCUUGCAAGAGCGAAAGAGGUGCAAACAACACUGGCUCUGGACAUGACCAAGUACUUGCACAAAGAGAGGGAGUACAUGCCAUGGGAGUCUGCUCUGGACAACCUGGACUUCUUCUACCUGAUGUUCGAUCGCACGGAGAUCUACGGCCUCCUGCAGACGUAUAUCAUGAACCAAGUGACACCCCUCUUCAACCACUACGCGAACAUCACUGACAACUGGGCGAAAGUACCAGAACGGCACACUGACCAGUACAACCAGGUGAAUGCACUGAGUAAGGCCUGUAGCACAGGAGUUAAAAGCUGCACUGACCUGGUCACUGGAUGGUACGGGAGCUGGAUGAACAACCCACUAAAUAACCCGAUUCAUCCCAACCUACGGUCUACAGUCUACUGCAGUGCCAUUGCCGCAGGUGGAGUGAAAGAAUGGGACCAUGGCUGGAAGAUGUUUGUCGAGUCAACCAUUGCCAGCGAGCAGGAAAAACUCAGGGCCUCUCUGGCCUGUGCUUCACAGCCUUGGCUCCUGAACAGGUACCUGGAGUAUACCUUGAAGCCAAACAUGAUUCGUAAACAAGAUGCUACCUCUACUAUUGUCUACAUUGCCAAUAAUGUGGUGGGGCAACCUCUAGCUUGGGACUUUAUGAGAGCAAACUGGGUAUACAUCUUCAAUGAGUAUGGAGGUGGAUCUUUCUCUUUCUCAAAUCUAAUCAAUGGUGUGACCAAGAGAUUUUCUACAGAAUUUGAACUGAAACAGCUCCAGCAGUUCAAGCAGGACUACGCUGAUGUGGGCUUUGGAUCAGGCACCCUGGCAGUGGAGCAGUCCAUUGAGAGAACACAGGCCAACAUCAAAUGGCUAGCGGAAAACAAAGUCGUUGUGGAGACUUGGCUUAAAGGCAACCAGCUGCCACCUGUGAUGUAAUUGUUGUUUUAUUCGUUAUUCCUUAAAAGAGUGAGAUGUCGUCUCUUCCUCUAUUUAUUAGAGUUUUUUUUUAUUUUUUUUAUUUUUUAUUUUAUUUUUUUUCUGGCGCAAAUGCCUUUUGGCUAUAUAUCCAGCUCUCCUCAAUAGAGCCUGUAUGGUUAUUGACAUUUUGCACAAAUUGAAAAUCUAACUGUGAUGCGUGAGCAAAUAUCUCUGCAACACUUUCAUGUAUCAAAACUAAGCUUGACACAUAGACAUGGAACCCCAUUGUGAGGACGCAUUUGGUGACCUUUGACCUCUAGGGUCUGGUGUGAGUUUGGGAAAAUGUAUUUUGGCUUGUAACUAUUGAUUUGUUUGGAUUUACUAGCUCCCAAAGCCAACAUAUGCCAAUGUUUGACAUUGACGUAAUUGUUUGGGCCAUAUCAUGUUAGAUUUUAUUGGAAGCACAAAAACAUUUUUCAUAGAUCAGUCAUUUUGUCCAUUUGUACAGAUUAUCUUCAAUCUAAGCCUCAUAAAAGUUAUCAAAUUGAUUUUAAAUAAUCAAAA